GCAACUGCAACCUUUUUGCUUCAAAUCGCCAUUGCCGGGAGCGGAGGGAGAAAUGUAAUGAGGAACAUUGGAACUAAAGGUUGUAUCUCUAGGGCUUGAAGACGACCGCAAACAGAAGCUUUCUUGAAGCUCAAUUAUUCAGCUUUCCACUCCAUCUUCUUCGAGCAAGAUUCACUCCUAUUAACUAAACAGAAAUGGUUCUGGAUUCAAUCUCUUAUUUUCCUUUUUAAGGUUGUGAAUUUCAUUAGCUAUCAUCGUUUGUGUUCUCAUUGAAUUGCCUGUUAUGGAGUAUCUGUUACCUCUCUGCAAGCUAUGUCACAUUGAAACUCGAAGAUGGUUUCUUGUGAUGGGAGUAGUGGCUUUUACUUAUGUACUAUUUCAAUCUCUUUUACUUCCCUAUGGGGAUGCUCUUCGGUCUCUACUUCCUGAGGAUGGUAUUAAAAAAUUUGAUCAAUAUAGCAUUCAGAUGGGGCAUACUUCAGCCAAAUCAACAACGGUUCGCAACCCUCUUACGGUUCUGGAUUUGGCUAAUACUUCAGCUCCCAUUGGGAAAACUGAUAAUUAUAUUCUUGAGAAAGGAUCUCAACGUGAUAGCACGCUGAAUGCCAGAGGGAAGUAUGUAAAAGAUGAGGAAAGCCCUAGAGAUGGUUACAAACUGUCUCUUAAUAGAAAUCAUGAUAUUGGUUUUGAAUCUGGAAAGAUGGUUGAUACAAAUGGUAAUUUGGAAUCAGAUGGCACUAAGAAUCGUGGAAAUAAUUCUAUUCUUCACAUGGAUGGCGAAGCAAGUUUUGAGUUCCCCUUGGGGCAGCAGUUUGUGAAACAAAGUGAUACGGUCGCUUCAGAGAAUGAGUUAGAAGAAUUUGGCGAAAUGGAUUUGGAUUUUGGUGAGUUAGAAGAAUUUAAAAACUCAUUAUUACGAAAGCCUGGUGAUACAGAUGUGACUUUCAAUUCUUCGACCUUCAUGCUACAGAUCCCAACUUCACCAGUUAACACACCUCAUUCACAGCACUUGAUAUCAAAUAUAAGCUCGCCAGUCUCCGAAACUAAUUCCAAAAGCAUAGGUAAAAGGAAGAAGAUGAAGAAUGAAAUGCCACCAAAGUCAGUAACUUCACUAGAAGAGAUGAACAGCAUUUUAUUGCGUCACCGCAGGUCAUCACGAGCGAUGAGACCAAGGAGAUCGUCUUUGCGUGAUCUGGAAAUUUUUUCUGCCAAGUCCCAGAUUGAGCAAGCUUCUGCCAUAAAUGACCCUGAACUAUACACUCCUUUGUUUCGUAAUGUUUCAAUGUUUAAAAGGAGUUAUGAACUCAUGGAGCGCACACUCAAAAUCUAUGUCUAUAGGGAUGGAAAGAAGCCCAUCUUUCAUCAACCAAUAAUGAAGGGGUUAUAUGCCUCAGAAGGAUGGUUUAUGAAACUGAUGGAGAGAAACAAGCAUUUUGUUGUUAAGGAUCCUCGAAAGGCUCACCUGUUUUAUAUGCCGUUUAGUUCUCGGAUGUUGGAGUACACACUCUACGUGCGGAAUUCUCAUAACAGGACAAAUUUACGUCAGUUUUUGAAGGAAUACUCUGAAAGUAUUGCAGCCAAAUAUCCUUACUGGAACAGAACUGGUGGAGCAGAUCAUUUUCUUGUUGCAUGCCAUGAUUGGGCUCCUUAUGAAACAAGGCACCACAUGGAGCAGUGCAUAAAAGCACUUUGCAAUGCUGAUGUAACCGUUGGAUUCAAAAUUGGGAGAGACGUGUCUCUUCCAGAAACUUAUGUACGAUCUGCGAGGAAUCCUCUUAGAGAUCUUGGAGGAAAACCUGCAUCACAGAGGCACAUUCUUGCCUUUUAUGCUGGAAAUAUGCACGGUUAUGUACGUCCAAUCCUACUGAAGUACUGGAAAGACAAAAACCCUGAUAUGAAGAUCUUUGGUCCAAUGCCUCCUGGUGUUGCAAGCAAAAUGAAUUACAUUCAGCAUAUGAAGAGCAGCAAAUACUGUAUCUGUCCAAAGGGUUACGAGGUCAAUAGUCCCCGAGUCGUGGAAGCCAUCUUUUACGAGUGUGUACCUGUGAUCAUAUCAGACAAUUUUGUGCCACCAUUUUUUGAGGUGUUGGAUUGGGAAGCGUUCUCAGUGAUUGUUGCAGAAAAGGACAUUCCCCACCUACAAGACAUACUGCUUUCGAUACCAAAAGACAGAUAUCUCGAGAUGCAACUCCGAGUCAGGAAAGUACAGAAGCACUUCCUCUGGCAUGCCAAGCCCUUGAAGUAUGACCUGUUCCACAUGACCCUCCAUUCGAUCUGGUAUAAUAGAGUUUUCCAGAUAAAACUCAGAUAACAUUGUUGAAAGUGCCUCAUUGAAGAUUCAGAGGAAAUCCAUGGAACUGUUAAAUAACUUCACAGAACAGAGUAACUCACCUUCUCUGCCUUCGCAGCUUCUCUCUGGAAAAGAUUUCUUUCAACCUCAGGGGGUAUCAUGUGAAGGACCUUGAGAAUGGAUUGCAACUGUGGCAGUAUCCUUGUAUAUACAAUGCUUUAUCCUUGUUCCACUUCUGUAUAGUAGACUAAUGAAACAAAACUACGAUUAUUUGUCAAUUUUGCAGUAGAAACUGUGAUUUCGUUUGCCCCAACCUCUUGUUGUGAGACUCGUGAUUUCAAAUCAUACCGCCCCGCCGUGCAUCGCUGUUCGUCAACAUAGUAAGCCAUUUCCAGGACCACAAUGGAAGGUAUUACUCUUUCUUUCGGUCAUCAUCCACAUACAUCCAAAGCAAUAAAUGUUUUCACUCGCUGGGUCCAUCCAGUCCUUCAACUUGAAGAGCCCCACCUUCAAAAACCGUAUUCUCAGGGAUCGGAAUCUGAUACCUAUGCCAUAUAUCAUAUCUAUAUGGCGCCACAACAUGAAGCUUCCUAUGAAAAACAGAGGCAAUGUGCAAUGGCUGGUGUUAAUGAUCUUGGUAGGUUACUAUCAAUAAAGGGACCCUGAUAAUCAGAUAUUUAAGAUCUCCUAGAGGGUCUACUUCACUGUUGAGAGUGCAGAUGAUCAUGGAGAGGUACCCAAAAGAAACUAGAACCAAAAUGUAAGUGAUUCUGGCCCCCACUGAACUGAGUGAUGUUUACUAACAAAAUGGUAACAUUUCUUUUCCCCUCUCUUUUUUGGGGGUGGAUGGUGCAAAAUUAGAGAAUUUUCACUUUGUAAUGAGUGGGUGAAAGCAUAGCUCCUCCCUUCUGGGUCCUUCCUAGCUCUUUGUCUUCAAUACCCAUCACUUAUUUUCUUUUCUUCUCUCAACUCCAAUAACCACAAUAAAUUUUGACA